AGAGUUUACAGAAAGAAUGUCAACGUGAAGAUGAUGUCUCUGAAAAGAGGAACAAAAGAAAGGGUAGGACUAACAUUCAGAGACCCCGCAAAAUUAUAAACCGUAUGAAGGUGAAAGACUUUAAUCCUCAAUAUAUGGGCCCAGAUGAAGACUUAAACAGAUUGGGCUCCAGUUUGGGCAGACGCUGCUACUUGAAGGACAGUAAUGCCCACAAGCCGUCAGAAUCCUCAAAGACUAACACAGUGAGGCCCGAGAAGAAAUUGUGUCCAAAUCAAACUGGAGAAGAUUUUCAAGAGAAUGACAACUUGUCCUUUCUUCAGAGUCGUCCACAAAUUAAACAACCUGAUAAGAAUAGGAAGAAACUGGCAUUUGCAACAAAGAACUUGGUAACGGCCUCUCAGCACCCUAGAUUUCAGCCCAUUGUGAAGCUAACAAGGAUCGAUGCCAUCAAAUGUCAAGGAGUGUACAGUCUAAAUCCAAUCCGCCAACAGUGUGUGGGAACAUUUAAAUACAAAUUGAAUUCUAAAGAUAAUGGAGGGAUUCAUGGGAGUAAGAAACUGUAUCACUGUCCUGAAGGUGAGAGACAAUUCUCAGAUAGUCACAUGCCUAAGAAAUGCAGAGAAGAUAAUACAGGGAUGGAGCCAUACCAACGUUCUGAAUGUGUUAAGAACUUUUCAAAACGCAGCCAUACAACAAUUCCCAUUGUAGAGAAACCACAUUUGUCUAAACGUGGCAAACAAUUCUCACAAGUGAGCCACCUUCAGACACACAUGAUUGGUCAUGGAGGACAGGGUUUAUGUCAUUGUUUACCACAUGCUGGACAUUUCUUUAACAGGAGCAGUCUUUGCAAACACAAAAGAAUUCACACUGGAGAGAAACCAUAUUGUUGUUCUGAAUGUGGCAAACAGUUCUCAAAAACAAGCCAUCUUCAGACACACAUGAGAGUGCACACAGGAGAACAGCCAUUUUCCUGUUCUGAAUGUGGCAAACGGUUCUCACAAACAGGCCAUCUUCAGCAACACAUGAGAUUGCACACAGGAGAACAGCCAUUUUCCUGUUUUGAAUGUGGCAAACGAUUUUCAAGUAGCAGUAAUCAUUUGAGGCAUUUAAGAGGUCACACUGGUGAGAAGCCCUAUUGCUGUCCUGAAUGUGGCAAAAGAUUUUCCAACACAAGCAAUCUUCUGCGUCAUGCAGAAGUCCACAGUAAAGACCAUCGUUAAGCCUGUUCUGAAUGUGGCAAGAAAUUCUCCCAAAGAGGCAGUCAUAAUAGACAUAUAAGAACACACAUUUGAUAGAGGCCAUACUCGUUUCCUGAUUGUGACAAGCUAUUCACCGAAAGCAGCAGCCUUCAUAGACACAACAGAAUUCAAUCUGGAUU